AUGUCUGGGAGGUAUGAUCUUCAAUUAAGCUCCCAGCUACGUCCGUUGGAUAUUGCGCGAGCAACCGUUGAGGGACGGGUCCCCCAUGAUUUGGACGAUGACAAAGGACUGGAGGGCGCUUAUCCUGCACUAUUUGCAGCGGUAGUUCACUCGGAGAACGGACGGGAGUCGGGCUGCAUACUUGCAUACAGAAUCGAGGAAUCCGAGUCGCCGGACGAUUUGGAUAGACUUGUACUCGAACGCGUCUUCCCAAUCCACGCCGAGUUCAUCGUCCGAAUAUCCCAGCCUCAGAACCGUGGUACCGUCACUUCGCCACCCCCGACACCCGCUACAGAUACACUACCAGAUCAAACGCUUGCGCUCGACAUCUACGAGGGCCCGAAGCGGGUUCUGUCUCUACUUACCGAAGACAAGGAAGAUCUAUCCGCCACUCUCUUCGCCUGUCGCGCUCUACGGGACAUUGCCACUCGAGAUGGACUUGAUACAGACGACUUCCCCUGGCUUCUCCCGUACAAGUGGAACCCAGAAGCGUGGCUUUCAGUCAGGCCACCUCGCGAUCUGCGCCUUACACGUCGACCGAUGCACACGCAACUAGCUGCAGCGCAUGCAGGCUCCACGAAGGACGAUGCAGCCGAUUUCGUAGUACUCAGGGACCAUUGGCUGUCCACACGUCCGAGAGCGCAACUUCUAGCGUCUGCGGAGCAUACGCCCCUGCGUAUACGCGUCGGAACCUUCAACGUGAACGGCAAGUUACCAUCUCAGGAUCUUUCCGCUUGGGUUGCCGGGAAUGAAGGGCCCAACAAUGAUGCAAAAGGCGGCGAUGACUGGGAGAAGCUCAUUCCUCCCCUCAAAGAACUUUCUCCGCUCUCCCUGGGUGACGGCACUCCGAAGCUGGGCCCUUCUGAAGUGCCAGCGCGAGAUACCUCUCAGGAUAUACCUCAGAAGCCGACCAGUGCGCGUAUAUACUCGCAGCCUUCCAUCAAGGGCGAUGACUUUGAGCCGGACUUACUCGUUCUUGGGUUCGAAGAGCUUGAUCUUUCGGCGGGCGCCUUGGUUGUUGGAUCAAGUACAUCUCGUGAAGAGGCUUGGACCAAGGCUGCGCUGGCCGGACUAGGCGACCGUGGCGAGGCGUAUGAGAAGAUUGCCUCCAAGCAACUUGUAGGGAUGCUCUUGCUCGUCUUCGUGAGGAAGGAGCUUCGUGAACGCUUUUCCGUAGUCGCCAACUCCUUGGGCGCUGGUCUCAUGGGGAUCAUGGGCAACAAGGGCGCUGUCUCCAUACGCUUAACCUAUCGUCCUACUUCUUCAUCGACACCUGUCGCCCUGACUUUCGUGGACGCUCAUCUUGCAGCAUUCGACGAGGCGCUCGAUCGCCGUAAUGCUGACUUCCAUGAUAUAUCCCGCCGUCUUACGCUGGGCCCCUGUUUGGAGUACGUCCAGUUGCCGCAGGUCUCGAUUUUCAAUACGGAUGCCUUGAUAUGGAUGGGAGACCUUAACUAUCGCAUUGAUCUGCCGAGUGCGGACAUACGGACUAUUCUACGCACACACCCCGUUCAUGAGGCUUCGACGACACUACAGAAGUUUGACCAACUGAAAUGUUCCAUCCGCGAUAGUAAGGCGUUCGAUGGAUUUGAGGAGCAUCCUAUCAGCUUCUUGCCGACUUAUCGAUUUAGCGAAGGUCUUGCAAUGGACUCGCUAGGAUAUGACCUGAAACGGAAGCCGGCCUGGACAGACCGUAUUCUGCAUAUGUCAUCCAAUACAACCUCUCUGAAGCAACACACCUAUACGAGCCACCCACAUAUCACAUUCAGCGAUCACAGACCUGUCUCCGCUAACUUCGUAGCCCAAAUACCCCACCUCGACGCCUUUACCUUGGACGAACAGGCAGAUGAACUGUUUAGCGCUGUAAAGGACGUUGACUUGGAGGACUCCGACGAGAUACCUACCUUGGCGCUCAGCGAGACCGUCUACCAGCUCGGAGACGUGCAAUACGAUUCUCCUGUAACCCGUUCUUUGACAGUCAAGAAUACCGGAAAGAUACCCGCUGCGUUCCGCUUCCUUCCUCGCGAGACUGGAAGCCCUACAAGUCCUCCAUGGCUGUCCAUUGAUCCUAUGACUGCUUUUAUCCUUCCUGGCGAAAGCUGCAUGGUUACCUUCACGAUUCACGUACACAAGGAUAACGCACACGUCUUGAAUCUCAAGCAAGAACGCUUCACCAGCACUAUCAUCAUGCACACUCUCCUCGGAAAGGACCACUUCGUUGCUCUUUGGGGCGACUAUCGUCGCACUUGCUUUGGCACUUGCUUUAGCUCUCUCACUCGGCUCAAGAGACCUAUUCGCGAGUUGGACUCGGAGGCAGACCUCGUUGCAUCUGAGCAAGCUAUGCAUGCGCCCAAGGAGAUCAGCUCGCUUGUCAACUGGUUGCUCGAUAACCAGAUCGAGAAAGUGGAUGAUCUAUUCCUGACGCCUGGCGAGCCCGAGUUAGUCGCACAGAUACGCGAGUGUCUGGACACCGGCGCCAAUAUUCCGACCUUGAACGUGAACCCGCCAACAUCGGAACGCGACAUCCAGCUCGUUCGCGGAGUUGGAGCUACGCUCUUUGCCCUGCUUGACUCGUUACCGGAGCCCAUCAUCCCGACUUCGUUGCAUCCUCAGUGUGUGCAGGUCGCAGAUCGAGAAGCGGCGUUUGUGGUUCUGUCAAGUCUGCCUACCGCGACCAUAAACGCAUGGGUGGCGAUUACGUCGUGCUUGCAUCUCUACUGUAUACAGACACACGAAAAGCAUCCACACAGUCCUGACAGUGAAGCCGGUGAUAUCGUUCUCUCUGGUCCGCGCGGGUCUCUCACUCGUGCUGAGCGUAUUGCGGAUAUCUGGACGCCCAUGCUACUGAGGGAUGAUCCCAACUCUCCGGCCCUUGUAUCUCUUCUGGAUAAAAGACGAUUCCUUCUGUUCUUCAUCGAUCCAUCGAUCUAG